CAUUCAUCCAUGAUUGAUGACUGAUGAUUCUCUUCCUCCAUGUUGCCUGCCUCCAGAGUCCAGCCUACCUCGGUUGAAACGAUGUCGCAUGCAACAACCCUGCGUUAAGUUGUACGUAAAAUUAUCAAUUGAGUAGAGUAGUGGAGAUCUACCGAUAUAGAAAUAGAUCCCCAAUCCAAUUCCAUUUCCAUUUCCAUUUUGUCUCAGCUGUCUCUCUAUCCGUCUGCGACUCCUCCAUUCCCUCCAAACACUUUCCGCUUUUGGAAUUCGGAUCAACAAGUAGUAAGUGGCGCCAUUUAGAUCCCCGUCUAUCCCUCUCUAUACCUCUCUGCGCACACCCGCGUAUCUUGUGCUUGAUUAGAGGCUUUAUGGACAUGGAUUGUGGGAGUGGUGAAUCAUUAGACGCGUCUUCUUCUACUGAUGUAAAUUGCGAGUGUGGUGAUUUUGAAUGCAAUAUCUGCUUUGACGUAGCUCAUGAUCCAAUAGUGACGCUUUGUGGCCACCUUUACUGUUGGCCUUGUCUUUACCAAUGGCUGCAAGUUCAUUCACAUUCCCAUGAAUGCCCCGUUUGCAAGGCAGUCAUAAAAGAGGAAAGACUAGUUCCCAUAUAUGGAAGAGGCAAAGCAUGUUCUGACCCGAGGACGCGAUUGAUUCCUGGAAUCAGUAUACCAAACCGUCCUGUGGGACAGAGACCUCAAACUGCUCCACCUGUGGACACAAACUAUUUCCGACAGGAAGAGUUGGACCCUAUUGGGAAUUUCAUGCAGGUGCCAAGUGCGAGGUUUGGGAACUUAACAUUAUCUGCUCUUUUUGGAGCUAUUCCUGCCCUUUUUAACCUUCAUGUGAAUGGAUUUCAUGAUGCUACCGUCUAUGGGGCAACAACUGGAGUUCCCUACCUGUUUUCAAGUUCAUUUCACGGAGGUUAUGCUCAUGGAUUUUAUCAUGCAGCCCCAGUAGAUGGGACAAAGUUUUACUUGAAAAUAUUCUUCUUAAUUGCUGGCUUCCUUUUAAUUGUUUCUUUAAUUUUAUAGGCGCCACAUACCACCUUAAGUUUAGCCUGUAGAAUCGAUAAUUAUGCAAUUGUAUAUGCUAGUAGUAUAUCAGACCUCAUAAACUUGUAAGGUCUAUCAUAGUAGCCUCUCUGCCCCAUUCCUUUUCUCAAUAACUAGUUGGCAGAUCUUCCACGUUUCUUGAAGUUGUUGUAUAGCUAUGUAAUCGAAGGAUGAUAUAUCAGUCUAAGUUGUUUGUGUUCUACUGCUGUA